AUGAAACCCUCUAGCUCCAAUACCGGCUUCUUCCAGGAGCUACCAGUGCUCCCGAAUCAGUUUUUCGAUGAUGCUAGUUUUCAGAGGAAUUUAAGACUGUUUCUACCCAGCGAUGUGGUUAGUCGUAUUGAGGUCGAAAUCGCCCAAUUCGGCGAAGAUGUCCUAUCCGAUCAAAUCUUCGAAUGGGUCACCGAGUCUGAGAAGAACAAACCGUACCUGAAGGGCAGCGGCCGCGACGCCUUCGGCAGACCAAAGUCGGAACUCGUCGUCGGCGAAGGAUGGCGCAACUUGCAAAACUUCGGCAUCGCAAAGGGCGUGGUGGCCACCGGUUACGACGAGUCUCUCGGAUCGUCCGCUCGCGUGGUGCAGUUCCUCAGAUCGCACCUGUGGGGAAGCUCAGCAUCGAACGUGACCUGUCCGUCGGCCAUGCAGGACGGAGCCGCGCGACUGCUCCAGCUGCAUCUGGCCAAGAAGGAUCUGGAUCCGACGCAGCGGCGUGUGUUCGAGAACGCGCUGGGUCAUCUGCUCUCGACAGAUCCGGCAAAGGCGUGGACGAGCGGGCAGUGGAUGACUGAGAGAACGGGCGGCAGCGAUGUCUCACUUACCGAGACCGUGGCCCGGUACGACCCGUCAACGCAGCCGGGCUUGGCCAACGCCGAGGAGAACAUCCCUCUGGGCCCUUGGACGAUCUCUGGCUUCAAGUGGUUCUCCAGCGCAACGGACUCGGCGAUGAGUGUACUCUUGGCGAGGACGCAGAAUGGGAUCAGCACCUUCUUUGCCCCCAUGAGACGACAUGACCCCGCCGCGAAGACACAGAUUGGAAAAUCUAAGGGGGCGGCCGGGAUGGAGUUGAACGGGGUCCGUAUCCAGCGUCUCAAGAACAAAUUUGGAACUCAGUCUCUCCCUACGGCCGAGCUUGAACUUGAAGGCAUGAGAGGAUGGCUGCUGGGCCAGGAAGGUCGCGGCGUCAACGAGAUCAGCACGAUCCUCACUCUCACGCGGAUACACUCUGCCAUUGGCGCCGUAGGCUACGUCGGUCGUGGACUGGCCAUCGCCAGGGCGUAUGCCAAGGUCCGACAGGUUGGUGCUGGGAGAGGGAAGCGGAUGUUACUGGCCGAAAGCCCCUUGCACAUGGAAACGUUGGCAGAUAUGACGGCCGAGUAUCACGGCCUGAUGCUUAUCAGCUUCUUCACUUCCUAUCUCCUAGGACUUGAUGAGCACCCUCGGGCCGACAAGUCAGGGCUGUCUGCGGCGCUUGCCUUGAUUACGCCGGAUCAAAAGCACAUUGCACCACUUUUGCGAGUCCUUACACCCCUUUGCAAAGCGUACGUCUGCAAGAAGUCGAUCCCGCUGCUGUAUAGUUGCAUGGAGGCUCUGGGAGGUGUCGGUUACAUGGUGAACGAAGAGACGGAGUAUCUCAACAUCUCAAGGUUAUAUCGCGACUGCUGUGUCCUAUCCAUCUGGGAGGGCACCACAGAUGUCCUCGCGACAGACUUCCUCCGGGCCCUCAAACACCCCAAAGCCGGAAAGGAGUCCAUCGAAGCCCUGGACGUGUUCUUCACCAAGAUGAACAACUGGCCUGCGCAAAGCGACGGAAAAGUACCCGAUUGGAGCCCGGCCGAUUCAUGGCGCGAAAUCAAGACGACCCUGACCGGCAGCUCGCAAGAAGAGCUCGCCGGCGACGCGAGGCGGCUUUUAUGGGGUGUGGCCGAGGCCCUCCUGGGAGUCCUCUUGCACGUCGACGCCGGCAGGGAUGAGAGUCAAGCAGCAUUUGAUAUACUCUCCCGCUACAGACUCCGUGCCAGUGGUGAGACUCUCGUCGGCAGAGCGGUUAAGGGUUCAGAUGAGGCGCGUGGCACAAGCAGGGAGAGGCUGGCGAGGAACUACGCCAUCGUAUACGGACGGUCAGAAGGGACAGGCGCGCCGUCGGCAAAGUUGUAG